AUGGCCGGCUCUGAUUGUAGUGUAAUAAGAAAGGCAGGGAGAGUCUCGUCAGUGGUGGUCAGGCAGGGAGAGUCUCGUCAGGCAGGGAGAGUCUCGUCAGGCAGAGAGAGUCUCGUCAGGCAGGGAGAGUCUCGUCAGUGGUGGUCAGGCAGGGAGAGUCUCGUCAGGCAGGGAGAGUCUCGUCAGUGGUGGUCAGGCAGGGAGAGUCUCGUCAGGCAGGGAGAGUCUCGUCAGGCAGGGAGAGUCUCGUCAGGCAGGGAGAGUCUCGUCAGUGGUGGUCAGGCAGGGAGAAUCUCGUCAGGCAGGGAGAGUCUCGUCAGGCAGGGAGAGUCUCGUCAGGCAGGGAGAGUCUCGUCAGGCAGGGAGAGUCUCGUCAGGCAGGGAGAGUCUCGUCAGUGGUGGUCAGGCAGGGAGAGUCUCGUCAGGCAGGGAGAGUCUCGUCAGGCAGGGAGAGUCUCGUCAGUGGUGGUCAGGCAGGGAGAGUCUCGUCAGGCAGGGAGAGUCUCGUCAGGCAGGGAGAGUCUCGUCAGGCAGGGAGAGUCUCGUCAGGCAGGGAGAGUCUCGUCAGGCAGGGAGAGUCUCGUUAGCCAGGGAGAGUCUCGUCAGGCAGGGAGAGUCUCGUCAGGCAGGGAGAGUCUCGUCAGGCAGGGAGAGUCUCGUCAGUGGUGGUCAGGAAGGGAGAGUCUCGUCAGGCAGGGAGAGUCUUCGUCAGGCAGGGAGAGUCUCGUCAGGCAGGGAGAGUCUCGUCAGGCAGGGAGAGUCUCGUCAGUGGUGGUCAGGCAGGGAGAAUCUCGUCAGGCAGGGAGAGUCUCGUCAGGCAGGGAGAGUCUCGUCAGGCAGGGAGAGUCUCGUCAGGCAGGGAGAGUCUCGUCAGUGGUGGUCAGGAAGGGAGUGUCUCGUCAGGCAGGGAGAGUCUCGUCAGGCAGGGAGAGUCUCGUCAGGCAGGGAGAGUCUCGUCAGUGGUGGUCAGGCAGGGAGAAUCUCGUCAGGCAGGGAGAGUCUCGUCAGGCAGGGAGAGUCUCGUCAGGCAGGGAGAGUCUCGUCGGGCAGGGAGAGUCUCGUCGGGCAGGGAGAGUCUCGUCGGGCAGGGAGAGUCUCGUCGGGCAGGGAGAGUCUCGUCGGGCAGGGAGAGUCUCGUCGGGCAGGGAGAGUCUCGUCGGGCAGGGAGAGUCUCGUCGGGCAGGGAGAGUCUCGUCGGGCAGGGAGAGUCUCGUCGGGCAGGGAGAGUCUCGUCGGGCAGGGAGAGUCUCGUCGGGCAGGGAGAGUCUCGUCAGGCAGGGAGAGUCUCGUCAGUGGUGGUCAGGCAGGGAGAGUCUCGUCAGGCAGGGAGAGUCUCGUCGGGCAGGGAGAGUCUCGUCAGUGGUGGUCAGGCAGGGAGAAUCUCGUCAGGCAGGGAGAGUCUCGUCAGGCAGGGAGAGUCUCGUCAGGCAGGGAGAGUCUCGUCAGGCAGGGAGAGUCUCGUCAGGCAGGGAGAGUCUCGUCAGGCAGGGAGAGUCUCGUCAGGCAGGGAGAGUCUCGUCAGUGGUGGUCAGGCAGGGAGAAUCUCGUCAGGCAGGGAGAGUCUCGUCAGGCAGGGAGAGUCUCGUCAGGCAGGGAGAGUCUCGUUAG